CACGCUUUUAAAAUAGGCUCGUUAUAGGGUUUCCAGAUAGUGUAUAUUCGGUGAACCAAAUAAUUUUGUAACAGAAUUUCUUUGACUUUCAUUAUUUUUGCCUCACCACAUUGUAGACCAAUGUCGCUAAUAUUAGAAAAUCAAAACGAUAUCAGCACCAGCUUCUAUUUUUAAAUCGUAUUUAUGAACGUUCAAUUACUUUCAGAUACACUGUAACUGGGGCUCCUACCUGCAAGUUUUGGUGAACUGGCAGAUCCCAGUUCUAUACAACUAUCAAAUAACAGUCUCAUGUCCUAAACUGACCUGCGCACUUUUCUCAUCCAGUCCCGGAGUAGGUCAGCGGUCCCUCUACAUGCUCAUCUCACUAAACACAAUUUAUCUCAACUAUCGUUCUUCGAGAAUUGUCAUUCAUUAGUUGUCUGGUCUGUUGUUAUAAUCUUCUAUUUCAUAAUUUAAAUUAUGAAUCAAAAACAUUAUCUUGUUCCAUCAUUUCUGGCCUCAAAGGGAUUGGUUAAACUUCACAUCGACUCCUUCAAUCAUUUUAUUCAAACAGAAAUAAAAAAUAUUGUCCGUGCAAACAGUCGUGUCAGUGUUCCAGAAGCCAAUUGGUGGUUAGAGUAUAAUGACAUAUAUAUCAAACCUCCAACAGUAAAUGAUGGAGGGGUUGUCGCCAGCCGUGUUACUCCUCAUGACUGCAGACUCCGUGACCUAACAUAUGCUGGCGAAAUUCUUGUUGACGUUACGUUUGUUAGACAGAACGAAGUAGUAUCGAAAAAAGGUGUCCUUAUUGGUCGCAUGCCAAUCAUGCUAAAAAGUUCCAUAUGUGUACUAAAUGGUAAAAGUCCUUCGGAGCUUAUGCGACUUAAAGAAUGUCCAUUGGAUCCUGGCGGUUACUUCAUUAUUGGUGGUACUGAAAAAGUAGUUCUCAUGCAGGAACAAACUUCCAAGAAUCGUCUGAUCAUUGAAGAAGAUAGUAAACGUGGAUUAGUGUGUUCUGUGACAUCGUCCUCUGCUCAAACGAAAUCUAAGACUAACAUCGUUACGAAAGAUGAUAAAUUUUACCUUUCUCAUAAUUCCUUCAUCGUGGAUGUCCCUAUCGCCAUAUUGUUUAAAGCAAUGAACAUUACUUCUGACCAGGAACUAUUGCAACUUAUUGGGACAGAAGAAUCUGUUUGGGCUAACUUUGUUCCUAGCCUUAAAUUAUGUUUGGAAUAUAAUGUAAGUUGA